AUGAUUGAUGAUGCAUCAGAUAAACCAUCAAAAUUGUCAUCUGCAAGUUUUCUGCCAGAAAAACGAAUACUUCAACUUGUACUUGACAUUCUACAAAGGAAAGACACAUAUGAAAUAUUUUCUGAACCAGUUGAUCCAAAUGAGGUUGAGGAUUAUUAUGCAAUCAUUAAAGAUCCUAUGGAUUUUGGCACCAUGAGAGCUAAACUGCAUGAAAGGAUGUACAAGACACUAGAACAAUUUGAGCAUGAUGUUUUUCUAAUAUUUGACAAUGCAAUGCGUUUUAAUUCUUCUGGUACCAUAUAUUUUAGGCAGGCUCGUGUUAUAAAUGAAUUGGCUAAGAAAGUUUUUGAUUUAUUAAAGAACGACCCCAAGAAGUUUGAAAUCGAAUUCUCAGAACCAAGAAAAAAAAUAGGUCGGAGAAACCAAGGAGAUUUUAGAUAUUCAACGAACCUGAAAUCUAGUGAAAUAAUUAUCACUGUGCCCUCAAAUCAAUAUCUUGACACUAAAGAUGUUGAGAUUAAUGUUGGUGAAGAUGAUAUUGGUUACAAAGAUAGCUUAAUGUUGUUUGUGAAAGAUUUAGGACCCAUUGCUCAAAAAAUAGCUAAAAGGAAAUAUUAUGGAUGUGAAAUUCUUCCACUCCAAUUUCCUAAUCAUCAUCCUCAUGACAUAAGAGGCCUCAAUGGAAGGAAAGUAAUUAAAGGGACAUUGAAUGAUGAAGAAGAGAAAGAUUGCAAUCCCUUAAUGCCUUAA